UCUUUUUUUCUUUUUCUUUUAUUAAAAUAUAAAAAUGUCAAACAAGUGGUCUAUUGCUAUUCCUGAAACACCUUCUCCAAACUAUGUUAUUGUCAAGAACAUCUCACUUCAAUCUACUGAACAGACAGUCAAGGAGUUCUUUUUAUUCUGUGGUAAAAUUAAAGAGUUUGAAUUAAAGAUUGAUCAAGAUGACGAUAAGCAUCAGAUUGCCUUGAUUCACUUUGAACGUGAAUCUGCUGCUAAAACUGCCACUCUCUUGAGCAAUGCCUUAAUCGAUGAUAGUCAUAUCGUCGCUUCUCCUUACUUUGAUAUUCCUGCUUCUGAAAACGAAAAGGCUGUUGAUACAACUGAACAUGAUGAAACACAAGAAACAAAGCCUAAAUCACGUAUUGCUGCUGAAAUCUUAGCAAAUGGUUACAUGCUUCAAGAUCACGUCGUUGCCAAAGGACUUGAAUACGACAACAAGUAUAACCUCUCUUCGCGUUUGACUGGUUUCUUGAACACCUUACAAACAAAUGUCAAACAAUUCGAUGAAAAGUAUCGUAUCUGGGACAACGUCAUGAACAUUGACCAAAAAUACAAGAUCAGUGAAAAGGCACAAAAUGCAGCUCAAACUGCUCAACACCGAGCCCAAGCUGCUCUUCAGACACCUACAGGCCAAAAGGUUCACGAACUUGCCAAUCAAACAUUAGCUCAAAUUGCUGCCGUUCAUUAUGAAGCCAAGAAGAUUCAGGGUGAAAAGUUAAAGAGUAAUCAUCCUGAAUCGACUUCUGCUACUGCUGAAAAGCCUGCUGCACAAUAAUCUUUUGGGUAUUCGCUUUUUUUUCUUUACUGUAAUAAAAACAUAUGCUGUUAAUGAUUCUCUAUUAAAUUUUGUGAAAACAUAUGACGCUCUGUAAAAUGCGGAACAAAAAGUACAGUCUUUCCGUAUCACUUGUCGCGUUUGAAGUCUCUGUCUAUCUUGGCCAUGUUGCUGGGAAGACAGCUAAGAGGAUCUUCUUUACAUCCUUCAAGCUUGCACCUACUGUGAGGUUUGAAAAGCUUUUGGAACUAGAUAGGUGCUUCUUCCUUUUUUUUGGUGGCAUUAUUAUUGUGGAUGGUAUGUGCAACAAUCGUCAUGACCCCAUCUUGGGUUAUCGUGAAGCUGUUGAGCUUUCAAUAGCUACAUCGGCCACAACUUUCGUUUACAUUGAAGCAUUGAAAAAAGUCCUCUUCGUG